AUGAUAACCAGAACGACGGGCGCUGCUGGACACGUCAAGACUGGUGAUGCUUCCUUCAAGUACGCCAAGGUCAUCCGGUUAGCUACUGGCGAAGAUGGGACCCGCGCACGGCCGGUCUACGAAAUUUUCACCAUCAUGAACGAGUACAACCAGGUGAUAUUCUCGAAGGUCAUGUCCACUGCAUCGGUCUACGACCUCAAGAACGACCUGAAGAUGUUGUUCGUGAAACGCUUCGUCGGCCAUGGUUUCAAGCUCCCGGUCAUCUUCUAUUCCGACGACUGCUGCGAGGAUCGACAACUGCUGCUCUCGAUGUUCAAGGAGAUAGAGUCGGAGGACCACGUGCGCUUGUACGAUGCCGCUGCAGAGGGUGCGAUUGAACUGUUGCCCGAGCUGAUGUUCCCCCCUGGCAAGAGAGGCGAGCUCGUCUAUGACCUGAGACCUAGCGUCAUCGCGAUCCCAGUCACGAGCCUUCUGGACGAAUGCGAGCGGGUGGAGANGGGCUAUAUUUGGGGUGGCGUUGGCGUCAACGUCAACUUGGACGCGACAUACCUUGCGCGGGACUACAGGGUCCAAGUCGCGAACACCGUGGACCUGGGGGUUUACGCGAGACAGGGCUGGGUGGAGACCCCCUCCUAUUCGCUGGCGGGUAUGACGUCUUCUUUGCUCAGGAAAGAGUUGCCGAAGAAUGCGAUCAUCCGCUUGUCUCGCUGGAGUGGUCCUUCCCUAACGGACAAGCAGGUGCCGUUGCAGGUGCAGUACGCCUGCCUGGAUGCGUACGCGUCCGUUCUCCUUUGUCAGGAGAUCAGAAAACUCCAGGAUCCUAUUCUCUCCCCUCCUCCGAAGGAUUUGCCAUCCGGAACCGAGGUACGGCUCUACACCAACAAUCAUGCCAGCUGUGUUGGUGUUGGAAAAAUGGUGGACGAUGAUGCCGCUGCGGAAGCCUUGGCCACCUGGGGCGUUAGGGGGAAAGGGCGUGGACAGCGAGCCGUAGUCAGCGUCAGCGAGGUGUUCAAGCCUGCAGCGUACGUGGCACACAUGGGUGCACCUCCUGUACCCCCUGCGUCUUCAGAUGCGGAAGGUGGACCUGCUACGUCUCCGAGGGCCGGUCAUGCGACGAUGGAGGACGUGCAGAACGGCGGCGGUGCCCAACUUGUUCCUUGGGAUGUCGACGACGUUCGUCUCGCGAACGAGUGGAAACCACCUCCUGCAGCAGCAGGGUCUUCAGCGAACGUGAACACGAGUGCAGCUUACAACGACGACAACCAGGUCUACUCUUACCCGACCCCUCCGCACGUGGUGCAACCAACAGAGGAAGACCCGGACGACGGAGUUGAGGAUGGCUGCGACGGCCAUGACUGCGGCGACGUUGGUAGCUCCGGCGGUAGCGAUCAUUGGGGCGGGGCGGGAGGCGAGGCCGAGGGCGAGGGGAGCGGGGGCGGUAGCGGUGCUGAUGUCGCCAUGGAUUACUGGGGAGGCUGCCAGCCUGCGCUGAACGUUCGCCUGGAUAUCUUCCACGCACUGCAACGCAUUUCGAGGCUGUGUAAGACCAAGCACGGCGCCUUCAAGCCCUUCAUGGCGCGACUGAGAGACGCUUGCUUCAUUGUCAACGCGGAUGACGUCAAGGAGGCAAGUGCUGUAGAACGAGCGCUUGAAGGCCAAGGGAUGACAUCGGAAGCCAUUGCUGAGUACAAAGACAAGAACUGGACGUACUUCUUGCGGAAUUGCCGGCGAUUGGUGCCGGAGCCGAAACGACUAAAUACUCGAACGCUUCAACUCCGUCAUUGAAAUGUUCGGGAACGUGGUGGAUGCGAAAUCCGGA